AUGCCUAAUUUUAUGAACAUCGGAUCUUCCUUGCGCAAAGAAUUAAAUGAAGAAUUUGAAGGCGAAGAUGAUGAUGAAGAGGACGACAACGACGUGACCUACUGUUUCCAACAAAUCGAUCUACCAGGUUAUCCAGAAGUGGACGUUCUGGGUCUGUCGACUCCGGACCUCAUUGUAGAGGAAAGCGACACCGAUGACGAUGACCGUUCCGCCAGCGUACGCAUUGUGCAAGUGAAUCCUAGUCGACCGCAAGAAAGACAAAACGUUUCGGCUUAUUGGUCGCAGCCUGAAAAGCUGGACAAGGUCAUUCAAUGUCAAGCGAUUGCUCGUACCUGGCUUGCUUCGCGAGAGUUCCACCGGGUCCAGCAAGUGCAUCGAUCGACGUUUUUCCAAUCGCGCAUUCAAAAUAUCCAAGCACAUGUGCGAGGCGUUUUGUGCCGUCGUGAACUGGAACAGAAACGCAUCAGCUAUGAAACUUGUCCCGAAGAAUGGAUCAUCAAGCUUCAAAGUGCCUGUCGCGGUUUCUUGGUCCGUUCGCAGGUGCAAACCACCAUGGAACAUUACAAAUCCAACAUUGAUAAAGUCGUUAAAAUUCAAGGCUUCCUCAAGAACCGACUCAUGGGUCAUUCCUAUCGCAAGCUAACCACGGAAAGCAACCCAUCUGUGGGAACCGUCAAGAACUUUAUCCAUCUCUUGGAUGAUAGUCAUCUUGAUUUCGAUCGCGAACUUGCCUUGGAGGAUCUUCGUGGACAAGUGAUCCAACAUAUCCGUGAAAACAAUCAACUGGAUGCUCAUGUCAAUUCGGUGGAUAUCCAGAUCGCUCUUCUGGUGCGAAAUGCCAUUACCAUUGACGAAGUGUUGAAAGCCAGCGGCGCAUUCAAGAAGAAGCAGCAACAGCGACGGUUUUCUCAGCUGGCUUCGGCCGCCAAUACGAGCGCUAACCCAUAUUCGUUAAAUGGUGUGGACAAAGAAACCCGCGAACGUCGUGAACUCUACCAGCAGCUCGUCUACUUGUUGCAAACCGAACCCAAAUAUUUGGCCCGCUUGAUGUCGCUCACCAACGGCCAUGAUCUGGGCGAUACGUCAAGUCCCAAGGGAAUCGAGUCCGCCGUCUUGUCCUUGUUCGGCUAUGCGACCAACUCGCGCGAGGAAUAUCUGUUGAUUAACCUGUGCAAAUAUUGCAUUGCAGAGGAAAUGAAAUUCAUGGAAAGCACACAGGAAUUCAUGCGCGGCAACUUUAUGUUUAUGAAGCUGGUUGUACAAACCAAUCGCGGGGCAAAGGAGCGAGCGUUUUUCCGACGAUUGCUAACGCCACUUGUGAGCCAAGUAUUGGAUAACGACCAACUGGAUCUGGAAACGGAUCCUGUGAGUAUUUACCAUAAAGCCGUGAAUAAUGAGGAAUCGCGCACUGGCCGACCCUCGGCUCGCAUGCAUUCGGCCAAUUCUCAGGAAGCAUUGGCGGAUCGCGAAGUCCGAGACAUCUUCAUUUUGCAUUUGCGCAAUCUACGCGAGAUGACAGAGCAUUUUUUGAGUGCCAUUAUAACCACCGUCGACGAAGUUCCUUACGGCAUCCGUGUCGUAGCACGCGAACUCAAACUUGUGCUCGAAGAAAACUUUCCAGACGAACCAUCCGAACACAUCAUCAAGAUCCUCGGUAACUUUAUCUAUUACCGUUAUCUGAAUCCUGCUAUUGUUGCUCCUGAGCAAUACGAUGUGAUUGACUCAAGUAUCAAUCCGACGCAACGAAAAAACUUGGCAGAAAUCUCCAAAAUGUUGCAACAAAUCUCCAGUGGCAAAGUAUUCGACGCAAGUGACAUGUUCCUGGCGCCUCUCAACGACUAUGUCCAUGAUGCAGGAAAACGAUUCGCUAAGUGGUUCUUAGAAUUGACGGAUGUGGAGGACCCCGAAACCUACUUUGGCAUGAGCUCUUUGGCAGACCAUGCCAGCACAAGCAAACCUGUCGUGUACAUCUCACCGCAGGAGCUCUAUUACUUGCACUAUCUGAUCGCCAAUAACAAGGAAGAAUUGGAGCCCGAAGGUCGAGGGAUGCUAACCGAUAUCAUUCAAACCAUUGGCCCGUCGCCCUACAGAAGCAAUAUGGAAUUGCCCGAGUCCAUGCUUCGCCUGACCUUGACAAAUCGCGCUGAUACCAUUGCUCAAGAUCCAGCUGCUCGACUCCAGCAGCUCUUGGUGGAUACAAAGCGUUUGGUGGUCUAUGUGAUCCGAAUCCAACAAGGUAGUUCGCUCAAAGCGAUCUUUGACGCCCCAGUCACCCAGGAACAUGAGGAUACCUGGUCGGCCAUGAAACAAGCGGAAUUUGAACCCAAAGAGAAUGACGCCAAAGCCGCCAUGGCCGCCAAGCGUCGCUAUUUGAAGCUCGGUCGUGAUGACUCGCCAUUGGAUAUACAAAGUAUUUCAUUUUACCAGUUAAAGACGAUCGCCAGUCGAUUGGUCGCACAUUUGGAACGAUGCAAGGUGAUUACGGCGUGCAACGAUUACCAGGAUAUCAUCAGCAUGAUUGCUCAGGAUAUUACGGGCAAGAAUUCCCGAAGGAAGCAGCGUGAUCGUGAAAUUGCCAAAUUGAGUGAGACCCUCGAUCAUUUGCAAAGCAAGCAACGGUAUCUUGUCGAGCAGCGUACGCAAUACGAAGAUUACCUGAACGGAUGCAUGAGCAACAUGGCCAACAAGCGUGGCAAGAAAGCGCGCUUUGUGUUCCCUUUCACACGCCAGUACUUCCAUAUUCGAGGACUUCAAAAACAAGGCUUGGUACCCAAAUUUGGAUCGUACAAAUACACGGCGAAACAGUUGCACGAACGUGGCAUUGUCAUUGAAAUUGUUGGUAUCAACAAGAAGCAUUACGAUCGCAUUCCCAUUAUCCUUUCCAUGGAUCAAGCCGGUAUUAUCACUAUUGAAGGCAGCUAUUCGGGUUGGAACAUGACCUCGGUGUGCAUGGAUAUGCGCUACGAAGAGUUGCUUCAGACCCAAUACGAAGGUGCACAAACCAUGACCUUACUUGACGGCAUGGCCAAAGUCAAUGUCAACCUUUUGAUCUACCUCAUUAACAAAAAGUAA